AUGGAAGACUUCUUUAAGAAUAUUGUCCCAGGUAUCUUGGAGGAGCAGUGGACUAUUGACCAAGCACACAGAGGUCAACGGGCCCAUAGAGCAGAUAGCAAAGUGCCAUGUGGUGGCAAUAUUCACUUCCACUAUUUCGUCACCAAGGAAGCUAUCCUCAAUGGCUGGGACCAUGACAUCACCUAUCAGGGUUCGACCCUGUCCCUAAACCAAGACUUAUCCCCCAUCACCCUACAGAGACAACGUGAUUGGAAGCCGGUGGCUAACUUACUGCAGUGCCACAAAAUCUGCUUUACUUGGGGCAUCCAUUUAAGAUUGUUCAAGGUGGGAAGAACCAACACCAUUCUGCCCAGCUGCAACACAGCACAGUUCUUUCAGGGCCUCAACGUCACCCUUCCACCGGACUUUGUACUACCGGAACCAUCUUACCAAGCCCCGACUACCCUACCAAGGUACUGGCACACUGCUGAAGUGGCAUCAAGCCAACACAACUAA